CUCUCCCAUUCAUUAAAGAGGAAAUACCGGCACACGUAUUGACGCACGUGGGCAAAGAGAAACGAAAGUGAGAAUCCCCAUCAGCUGGUUCACACUCGUUUGCACUUGAUUGGGUAAACAGGGCAAGCCAAACAGGCUGGGUGAGAUUGCAGAUGAUAAAGCAACGCUCUUGACAGAGCAAGGGUCAAUAGGUGCCGGGCUUCUGACGCACUGGAAAGCUGACAUUCUUCGCCGGAAUGGAGGAACCAGGGUAGGUCGGAAUGUGUGCGUGUUGCUUUAAAAAUUUGAGAAAGGCUGCAUUACAUCCAACAAUUGCACUGUAAUAUUGAGGCAAGUGAAUGAAUGACAUCUCCUUUUCCCUUUGCCUCAGUGAGCUUUUGAGCAGGAGUUGCUUUGUCUUCCAAUACGAAAAUGCGCUUUUUGGAGCACGUGGGAGAACCUACCUGUGCUUUAUAGCACAAAGUGAUGAAAUUGGGGCUACUUCUGUCUCCGGAUAUUUCUGCAGUACUUCUGAUGAAGCGCACGCAGAGAUGCGUUUUCUGGAUUACUUGAAAACGUCGCAUCGAGGACACGACACCAGGGUCGCGUGUUACUUGUCCUGGUCCCCCUGCGCAAACUGCUCCCAGGCGUUAGUCCAAUUCCUCCAAAACAACGCAAACAUAAAGCUCAGGAUCUUCGUGUCACGCCUCUACCGCACGGAGGUCAAGGAAAAUCGCAAGGGCCUGCAAUUGCUGAGUGACGCCGGAGUGCCCCUCCGAGUUAUGAAGAACAAAGACUUUGAAUACUGCUGGAAAACCUUUGUUGAUCAUCAACAGAGCCCCUUCCCACCUUGGUACCACAUUCUCGGAAACCAGGAGCAUUAUCAAGAAGAACUCUCGGAUAUUCUCCAGCAGAACGACCUUGGCGCACAGGACGGGGUAUGCGUUCUUAUCGUCGGGACUUCGAUGGUCCGGCACGUGAAGAUUAGCAGAUGCAGUAUUUCUUGUCACCCAGGUGCACACGUUGAGGAUGUCAAUGACGUCAUCCCCCGUCUGCUGGCUCAGCAGCCGUCGGUCAUUGCCGUGGUUGCUCACGUUGGAACGUGGGACCACAACCUGCAACAGUCGGAGAAACUUAAGAAUGACUACAUCUCCCUCGUACGCACCAUCCAGGACACAAAGAAGCGUGUCAUAGUCUCAGGCCCCUUUGUUCCACCCUGGUUUGGUGAGGCCAAGUUUAGCCGCGUCAGACAACUGCAUAUCUGGCUUAAAGGAUACUGUUGCAGCGGAGGCAUCCCUUAUGUGGACAACUUCACCACUUUUCUCAAUAGACGGGAUCUUUUCAAGCCAGACCUCCUCCACCCAAAUCUCUUUGGAUCUCGGCUUUUAGCCAUGAACAUUGAACUCACUCUGCUCUCCUGCAAUGCGUUCUCCAAAUAACGGUCAUUGACCACGAGUACUGUUCACCUUCAACCGGUCAGAAGUUCCAUUAGGCCUCCGGACAAUAGCAUCCUCAACGCAAGUGAGUGGUCGACCCGCCUCCUGCGAGUUCCCAUCACAUCUGGUUUUGAUGAGUGCACAUUUUGUAGGAACAUAAAUCUGGCAUGCUGAAUGUGCGCUUCUCCUCUCAACAUUACGUUCAUGAUAAAUCCCCUGGUUGUUGACGAUAAGGUUGACUUUAUUUUACUCACGUAAACAAGGCUAGAUUUCCUUUUACUGUUGCAAAUGAUUUGAAUGCGAUGCUUUUGCUUCCUCUGUCACUCCGCUCUCUCGCAACACACCAGUUCUGUUAUCAGUGAUUUUUCGGAAUUUCUAUGAGUCAGACACACCACCUACAAUAGGUGGUGAUUUUUAUUUGCACAGUGAGUAUUUUUGAACUUCCUCAGCUGCUUGUACUUUGAACAGCGCACCACCCAGCCAACUCACAACGGGACGUGCCCUCAUCCUGGAUCUCAUGACUCUGAGGUAAAUGUGAGGAAAUGCUCUCUGACUUGUGAAGUGGUUGCAAAUUUUCCUCUGCUGAUAUUUUAUUUUCAGCUUGUGAUUCCAUUUUAUUAUAUUUUUUUUACAAUUUUAAAACCGAACUCAAGUCAACACUGGGUUGAGUGGCUCCACUUUUGACAAAAAAAUAAAUAAAAAUAAAUCGGACACCACUAAACUGAUAAAGGUUGAAAUCAAAAAAUGAAAUUGGAAGAGUGAAGGGAGGAUGCGGGCAAAAAAGUGACAGUUCACUCUGAACUAUUCUGUGAACAUCUCAAAAUCUACAUAGUGCACUCAAACUGUCACGUUGCGUGGUGGACCCCAAAAAGCAGGCAGGAGUUGAGGAGCAGGGUGUACUUGACGAAUUGUAUUUAAAACAAAGAAAACUAAAUCCAAAACAAAGUCAGAAGUAACAAACAAAAGCCAUGACAAAAACUAUCAAUAACCAAAACACUACUAGAACAAACAUGACAGCAGCAAAGGAACAGCAAGCAAACAAACAAACAAACAAACAAACAAACAAACAUGACAGUAGCAAGAGCAAACAAUGACCCGACACCGAGUCUUCGGGCUGGGAGUCCUUUUAAAGCCCUAAUUACAUAUGACCAACAGGUGUGCAGCUGCCGGGGGAGGCCUACAGUGCCACCUGUUGGUCCCUAAACCGAAUGAUGACACAAACAGUUGCCUGAAUUUCAAAAUUCCUCGCAGAAAACAAAAACAAUCCCCAAAUCCCUUCUUCCACCAUCAAACAUUUACCAAACACCAAUUUAGACCAAUUCAAGUCCCACAUCACUGUUAAAAAUAAUGUUUGGCUUAUUUGAGAAAUGUUGAAUGUUGUGAAUUACUUUCAUCUGAUGGGUGUCUGCCCCACCGCUGACAAAACAUCAGUGGUGAAUCACCUUCUGAAGCUACGGAAUUGAGAUAUCGGUGACCUGCAAUCAUUUCAGAACUCAGCUUCUCAUGUCCAGAUGAAUGACCAGAGGACAGGAGCACAUUACACUGGUUUUAAGAUCACUGCAUUGUGCCUUUCAGGAUCGCUUUUAAGGGUCUUUUACUAGUUUGUAAAUGGUUUGAACAGUUUUGGGGCAUCACAUCUAUCUGAUUUUCUUUUAUCCUAUCAACUUUCAUGGGCCCUGAGGUCCUCUGGCACCGGCCUUUCAAUUAUUCCAAGAAUUGGAACCCAAAUUUAUGAGAAGGCUGCGUUCAAAGAUUGCUAAGAAAACAUUGCCGAUUCUGAAAAACCCUGAACAAAAUGUGAGAGAGUACAAGUGGAAGAAAAUGAAACAUGAUGUCUGGGGAACGCUUUCUUCAAUGAAUGGGUGCCAACACUUUUGUCCAUAUGUUUAUUUCUUUCACAGCUGAAU